AGAGGUUUAAUGUCGACCGGUGCCGUGAGCUCGGAGCAUGGGUUGUCAAAAUGCUGAACCGAACAUUCAGUCUUCUUCCCGCCCAACCUUGGUCCAUGGGCGACGCUCGUGCCCCGCUUGUUGUGAUUGUUUUUUCCGCGUAAUCUGAGGCAAUUUUGGCUAGUACGUUGGGCAGCGUCCUCACGCGUGCGACGAAGUGUUGGGAUUUUACGGGAUGCAUACCAAAUAAGUUCAAUGCAAAAUUGACAUUUCACCACUCACCAAGCACAAGUAUGCAUGCAAAAGGUUCAAAGAUAUGACUGGUCUCUGGUGAUUGGACAUACUGACUUAUGUUUCUGCUAUUUCACAGUUAACCAUAAUUAUCAGAUAUUUGGUGAUCAUUUCAAAAUAGCUGAGCCAUGGUUGGGAGCAAUGGUGCAAAUUCAGACCUGAACAUCCCUGAAAGUGUCCAGAAGGCGGUGUCGGCCGAGAAGGCGGCCGAGAAUGGCGCCAAGAAGUCGCGGCUGGACCUGCAGUCGCUGCCGACGCGCCAGUACCUCGAUCAGACGGUGGUGCCGGCCCUGCAGCAGGCUCUCUCUGUGCUCGCCAAGGAGAGGCCACCGGACCCGAUCGAGUUUCUGGCCACCUUCCUGCUGAAGAACAAGGCCCAGUACGACGGCACUUCCGGCGCCGGCCCCUCCUAAGGGGCGCAGGGCCCGGCGGGCGGGGCUCGAUCUCACAGUCGCCGCGUGUUAUGCAAGUACAAGUGUGGCUCGCGCCGCGUGCCGCCCGGCGGACCGCUUCCGUUGUGUGUAGGACAGGUGACUUCUUCCCUGGUGGACUGCCGGCAGCGGCUGUGGCUCGGAGAGCCGAGCAGACGGCGCGGUCCGCGAGCGGACGCGGGUUGUGAGCGGGUCGGCACGCUCGGGAGGCAGGUGCCGCCCGAUGCGACCCCUGAGUAUUGCGUGUGUUCUACGUGCGACCGUCUCCCCUCCCUUCCCCUCACGGGUGGGUCUGCGAAAGCAAGGCGCUGGUCGCGUUGCAGGUCACAAUCUCUGGGCCGGCUCCGCACGUGCUGGGUCUCCGAAGCCCACAUGUGUCACCCGGCUCACAUGAGGCGUGGCUGGCCAGUAGGGCUGUUCGCUGUACUCGUGAUCGGGCAGAGCCGGUGAGAGGCAGUGUCCGCCGACGGGUUGUCGACGCGCCGGCCGUGGGCGCGUGCUGAGCACACCCCUGCUGCAGUGGUGUGCUCGGCGCGCGGCUGCCUCCGGCUUGGUCACUGCGGACAACGGCUACACGGUUUUACUUUCUCGACGCGACAUGGCCAAAUUGUCGUACGUGCGGUUUUGAUUAUGCAACAUGUUGUUUGAUGCUUCUAGUGGCCUUGGUGUUUGUCAUAUACGUUCGGUCUUAUGACGCCGGUAUUUAUCUCGGUUUUAGUAAUAAAUUGAUUGUGUUUCUUGACGAUUUUA